AUGCAACUCGCUUGCGCCCACCGCGUAGCGGUGGGUUAUUCGACCCACGAUUAUCCUCUAACUUAUCCUGUCAGUCGUCUUCCUACUCGCCAAGAAUUCCUGUUAAAAGAAUGGGCAAAAGUUUUAUAUACCCGGAAACCACUCAACGUGCUCGGUGCGUUGCCUCCCUCCCUUGCGUUGCCUCCCUCGCCAUUGCUCCCCCUCGCCGUCACCCUCCUCGCUGUCCCAGCUGACUCGCUAUCCGCUGCCCUCACUGAGGCACUCGACGACUCUUCGGAAGCCCUCGUCGCGAGGCAUCGGAAGUCCUAA